AUGGUGUUCAUUGCCUUUGCCUCUUUAUUCUUCAUCCUAGUUUCAAUCACAACCUUUUGCCUGGAAACACAUGAAGCUUUCAAUACUAUUAUAAACAAAACUGAGCAGGUCAUCAACGGGACAGAAACUGUGCUACAGUAUGAAAUUGAGACAGAUCCUGCCCUGACGUACGUGGAAGGAGUCUGUGUGGUAUGGUUUACAUUUGAAUUUUUAGUACGUGUUGUUUUUUCCCCCAACAAACUUGAAUUCAUCAAAAACCUCUUGAAUAUCAUUGACUUUGUGGCUAUCCUGCCCUUUUACCUAGAAGUGGGCCUGAGCGGGCUCUCCUCCAAAGCUGCUAAGGACGUGCUCGGUUUCCUCAGGGUGGUAAGGUUCGUGAGGAUCCUGCGAAUCUUCAAGCUCACCCGGCACUUUGUGGGCCUCAGGGUGCUGGGCCACACUCUGCGAGCCAGCACCAAUGAAUUUUUGCUGCUGAUAAUAUUCCUGGCACUCGGUGUUUUGAUAUUUGCCACCAUGAUCUACUACGCAGAGCGGGUGGGAGCCCAGCCUAAUGACCCGUCAGCGAGUGAGCACACACAGUUCAAAAAUAUCCCUAUUGGCUUCUGGUGGGCAGUAGUCACCAUGACCACCCUGGGAUACGGGGAUAUGUAUCCACGGACUUGGUCAGGCAUGCUGGUGGGAGCCCUGUGCGCGCUGGCGGGGGUGCUCACCAUAGCCAUGCCUGUGCCUGUGAUAGUUAACAAUUUUGGGAUGUACUACUCCCUGGCCAUGGCAAAGCAGAAACUGCCGAGGAAGCGGAAGAAGCACAUCCCUCCUGCUCCUCAAGCCAGCUCGCCCACCUUCUGCAAGACAGACUUGAACAUGGCCUGCAAUAGCACACAGGGUGACAUCUGCCUGGGCAAGGACAACCAGCUGAUGGAGCACAACAGAUCAUCAGUGUUAUCAGGUGAAGACAGUGCAGGAAGUGAGCAGCCACUCUCACCUGGUGAAAGGCUCCCUCCCAUCAGACGCUCUAGUACAAGAGACAAAAACAGAAGAGGGGGAACAUGUUUCCUACUGACGACAGGUGAUUACACGUGUGCUACUGAUGGAGGGAUCAGGAAAGUGUUGUACAGAAUUUAUCAUGGAUUUUUGACUGCUGAAAAAGGGACAAUGGAAUUUAGCCAUACCAAGGACUGUACUGGAAAGAGACUGCUGCUGCUGAAUGGGCCCUGAUAAACAACUCACGCUUUGAGGAGGUCACUGAGACUUUACAUGCGAAGUAGAGCUUGUUAAAGAAGAUUAGAGACUGCUCUUAAUUACUGCUGCCAGAGGAAGGGGUGACUAGUCACUGUUGAUGAGUCAGCUGUAAAUAAAACUUGUGCAUGGAAUAUCAGUUUUUAUCUAUAUCAAAGAAAGCUGAAUUCAAGUCAUCAUUGCUAAAGCUCCAUGCAAAGACCCACACCCCUGUGUGUAUUCUUCCUGGUUCCUGCAGUUGUGCUGUGGAUCAUACAAAGACACACACUUAAUAAUGAUAGUGAUGUAAACUACAUCCGUCUUGACUUCUGUCAUAAUAAUGGUAUGUUUUGCAAAGGUCACAAAUAUGAACAGAGUAGGUUUGCAUAAGUCCUUGCUUUCUCAGUUUGCCAUGACCUAUACUUGUAUGAAUUCUAGUGUACAUGCCAAGUCUUAAGUUUACUUUUCACUUUGAUAACAGAAAUGUGACUGCAGACAAACAUCACCGACUGUUCACAGCACACAGUCUUCUUUCAUUGUUACCUCAAACUAUAAGUAUUAUGAGAAAUAAAAUUCUGGCAGCAAGACUAUUUGGUUUUUUUUUUUUUUUUAAUUCAAAGUGUUGCAAACCCACCAUCAAUAAAUAUAAAAGAUGUAUUAAAAUUAUAUCCUACAAAUGUAUAUUUUACAUAAAAGAGAUAUUCUUUGAUCAGUUACUUUCUGUGAUUUUUGUGGUAAAUGGAUCUAGUCUAUUCUAUGUUUAUGAGGCAUUGUAGUGCUACGAUGUGGUAAUUAUGUUCUCUCCAUCCUAUUCAGUGGGAAAUUCUCCAGAAUCUGUUUUGUCACCCUGGUGUCCUGAUUGUAGGGACCUGUCCCAGUUGUGAAACUCUGUAUCGUGGAACUUCUGUGAACAUGUCAAGGUGCAUGCACAAUCCUGGUGGAAACCAGUGGAAAUGUAAUACCUGAAUUGGAGAAUAAAAGGCAAAAGACCUGGGGAGGAACUUGGAACAUA